CGCAGCCAUUAUUUCAUUGAGAACCAAUCAGUAUAUAAAGCGAUAUAUUGUCUGUAUCAAGCAUCACACCCCUAGAAAUUAUAAACAAAAAUAUAUCUAAUUUUAUAGCUCAUAUAAUUUUUCAGUAUGUUUAAUCUCGAUUAAACAGAUAAAUUGGAGAGUUACAAAAUUUUUGAAAUUUAUAGUUCAUCAAGAGAAAAAGUGGAAUCGCAUAACACGUUUGUUUUAAUAUCGCAAGCAUGGAUGAUGAUGAUCAAUAUCAAAGUGGUUAUGAUGUUGGUUCUUUUCCUAAAGAUUUUGGAUAUGCACCAUUUGAUGGAGAAACUGAAGGAUCUAUGGAUCCAUUAGCAGGAGAACAAAAACCUAGAAUACUCUUGAUGGGUCUUAGACGUAGUGGCAAGUCGUCAAUACAAAAGGUGGUAUUCCAUAAAAUGUCACCAAAUGAGACACUGUUUUUAGAAAGUACAAAUAAAAUAAUUAAAGAUGAUAUAAGCAAUUCAAGCUUUGUACAAUUUCAAAUAUGGGACUUUCCUGGACAAAUUGACUUCUUUGAUCCUACUUUUGAUAGUGACAUGAUAUUUGGUGGUUGUGGAGCAUUGGUAUUUGUAAUAGAUGCUCAGGAUGAUUAUAUGGAAGCACUUAAUAAGCUUCACUUAACAGUUACAAAAGCUUAUAAAGUCAAUGAAGCAAUUAAGUUUGAAGUUUUUAUCCAUAAAGUAGAUGGUUUAUCAGAUGAUUGUAAGAUGGAAACACAAAGAGAUAUACAUACAAGAGCAAAUGAUGAUUUAGCAGAUGGUGGGUGUGAUCAAAUACAUUUGAGUUUUCAUUUAACUUCAAUAUAUGAUCAUAGUAUAUUUGAAGCAUUUAGCAAAGUUGUUCAGAAAUUAAUACCACAGCUGCCUACUUUAGAAAAUUUACUUAAUAUACUCAUAUCGAACUCUGGAAUUGAAAAGGCUUUCCUGUUUGAUGUUGUCUCAAAAAUUUAUAUUGCAACAGAUAGCUCACCUGUUGAUAUGCAAAGUUAUGAACUAUGUUGUGAUAUGAUUGAUGUGGUUAUUGAUGUUUCUUGCAUAUAUGGAUUAAGAGAGGAUUUAGAAGCAGCUGCAUUUGAUAACCAAAGUUCCAGUUUAAUUAAGCUAAAUAAUGGUACAAUUUUGUAUUUGCGCGAAGUUAAUAAAUUUCUAGCGUUGGUCUGCAUCUUACGUGAAGAUAAUUUUGAUAGGCAAGGUGAGUAUAUCUGCACAACACAAGGUGUAAUUGACUAUAACUUUCUUUGUUUCCGUAAGGCGAUACAGCAAGUAUUCGAAUUACGAAACAAAGCGUUAGCUGCAACAAAUGCAACCAAUCAUUCGUCUUCUCCUGUUAGUACUAAUGAAACAUCGAACGCGCCUACAGGAGCGCAAAGUGGAGCUAUAGGUCAAAAUGGUGCUGUUGUGAUUGCACAAAGUUAAUUCUUAUGUGCAAUAUAUAAAAAAUUUUUCACAUAAAUGUAUAUAAUGUAUUAAUUUCAUUACUAUUUUAUUAAUUGCUACUAGAUUAUACAUUACUACUAGAGAUUGUAUAUCUUCUUUUUCUGCAAAUAUUUCAUCUCUUAUAUUUUACCUUCAUAGUAAUUUUUUAUAAAGU